AUGGCGACCAAAGUCACUUUCAAGACCACCUUCGAGGCGGCCAAGACCAUUGAACCGAUUUUCACUGGAGGCGACAUUUCACAUAAUGCAGACGGGAACCUGCUAGCAACUUGCGUCGAAGAAGAUGUUUUGGUUGUUGACAUCAGGUCUGGCAAAGUUCUGUGUCGGAUAGAGGGCGAUGGAGAGCCCGUGACAAGUCUUUGCCUGGCUCCCAACGUCUCCCAUCUGGCCAUCGCUUCCAGAUCGCUCUCACUCCGCAUAUAUUCUCUAACACCAGUUGAGGGAUCGACAAAACUGGUCGCCGAUCUAGCCCGCACGCUAAAACCGCACACCACCCCUGUCGUGUCAGCGGCAAUUGAUGGCUCCGGGUCAGUCCUGGCCACCGGCGGCGCGGAAGGACAAGUCAAGGUUUGGGACAUCAGAGGAGGCUAUGUAUCGCAUACAUUUCACGGUCACGGUGGUGUUGUCUCCGCUUUGAAAUUCUUUCAGUCCAAAUCAACCAGCUCCUCAAACAGCCAAACAAGCCGAAAACGAAAGAGUCGAGAUGGAGAACAGAUGGAUGUCGACGAGUCAUCACCAGUGCAACAAAUAUGUCUCGCAUCAGGUGGGGAAGACGGCAAGAUUCGGGUGUGGAAUCUGGCUACCCGAAAAGCUAUCACCACGCUGGAUGCCCAUGUCAGCGUUGUCCGAAGCAUCGACUUCACGGAGGAUCAACAACUCCUCCUCUCGGCCAGUCGUGAUCGAACAAUCAUACUUUGGGAUACCCGGAUGUGGAAGCAGACCAGAGUCAUUCCCGCACUGGAAGUCGUCGAGACUGCAGGGUUCCUGGUCGCUGGGAAGUUUUGCUAUGCUGGAGGAGAGCACGGAGCAGUCAGGAUCUGGGAUGUCAGCACUGGCCGCGAGCUCACGGCAAAGCAAAAACCCGGGCUUGAAAACGACGCCAUUGUGACCAUUGUCCCUGUUCUCGAAGACAACACUGUUACCUCCAUCCAUCAAGAUCAGACAAUGAGAGUCUACGAUGUUACCAUAUUGCAAGAGCUUCAGGUAUCAGAGACAAUAGGAAGACUCCCCCUCAUUCGGACGAUUUCCGGCAAUUACGAUGAAGUCAUUGAUAUGGCAUGCGUCGGUCCAGAGAGAAGAUUAUUAGCUCUUGCUACGAACACAGAAAGUGUUAGAUUGGUGUCAAUCGCCCAGGAGAGCACACAGAAGGACGCUACACACUCCUCGCCGAGCUCGUUCGGAAACGAUGUUGCGCUUCUCGAGGGCCACGAUGACAUAAUAAUAUGCCUGGACGUCGACUGGUCUGGUCAUUGGCUAGCGACGGGCGCGAAGGACAACACAGCACGAGUAUGGAGACUAGAUCCAGCCUCGUCAUCAUACACAUGCUUUGCCGUUCUGGCCGGACAUGCAGAGUCCCUAGGCGCGAUAGCUCUACCACGAAGUCCACCCAGUGACGGACCUGUUUUGCGGAAUCCAUCAGGACAUGCCCCUGCUUUUCUUCUAACCGGGUCGCAAGACAAGACGAUCAAGCGAUGGGAUACAGCGAAACUCAAGUAUGACCCCUCGGCAACGGAACCGCAAACUAGCAUAAAAGCCUUGUUCACACGAGUCGCGCACGACAAGGACAUCAACGCAAUCGACGUCUCACCAACGUCAGCACUCUUUGCCUCGGCCUCUCAAGACCGCACCAUCAAAGUCUGGUCACUUGAGGACGGUUCCGUGACAGGAAUCCUCCGUGGCCACAAGCGCGGCGUCUGGUCAAUCCGCUUCUCGCCCGCAGGAACUCCUCCGAUCUCUCUACCCGAUGGCGGCUCAAGCGGCUCUCGCGGCCUGCUGGUCAGCGGCUCCGGUGACCGGACAGUCAAAGUCUGGUCCCUCUCGACAUACACGUGUCUCCAGACGUUUGAGGGACACAGCAACUCAGUCUUAAAGGUCAUUUGGAUCUCGCCAAGCAGGCCACCCUCCCGAGGUGAAGAGUCAGGAGAAGAGGCGCCACGACCUUCCCAGCAGAUUGAAGCGCCGGUGAUCGCCUCCGCCUCAUCCGACACCCUCGUGAAACUCUGGUCGCCCUACUCGGCCGCCGACUCUGAUCACCUCCUCACCACGCUAGACAACCACACCGAUCGGGUAUGGGCUCUCGUCGCCCCGAACUCAUAUCUAGCACCCUCUCCUUCCGCCUCUCACAAAUCCACCGAAAGCUCCUCGGCACCAACGACACAGACGUACCCCUACCCACUCAUCUCAGGCGCCGCCGACGCAACCCUAACGUUCUGGCGCGACACCACGCUCGCCACGGCCUCCGCGCUCUCCCACCGCGCCACCCAACGCAUCGAACAAGACCAACUGCUCCAGAACCACAUCUUCUCCAAAAACUACCGCGAAGCCAUCACCUUGUCCCUGGCCCUGAACCACCCUGGCCGGCUAUUGCGCGUCUUCCAGGACGUCGUAGAGCAGCAGAAUGACAACAAAGCCAGUGCCAGUGAGGAUCUUAACAGCAAAAGCAUCACCGGCGCGCGAGAGGCCGACGCCGUCCUAGCCAGUCUGGACAGGACGCAACUGUUCCAGAUGCUCGAGCACGUGCGCGAUUGGAACACCAAUGCGCGGACCGCGCCCGUCGCGCAACGCGUCUUGCAUUGUAUCCUCAAAUCGUACCCGAAGGCCACGUUCGUGGAGAUGGCGCGGGAUAAGAGACUCGUGGGUACUGCGGGUAGUGGGGGAGAUGGCGUGGUCACCGUUACUGCUAGACGAGGAGGCAGGGCCAAAGGGAGUGCAGGAGACAUGCAAGAGCUGCUAAGGGCGUUGGAAGUCUACACGGAGCGGCACUUCAAGAGAAUGGAGGAGCUGAUUGACGAGAGUUACUUGAUAGAGUAUACGUUGAGGGAGAUGGAUGAGGGGUUUGGCGGCGCGAUGGAGUUGACGAAUGGACAGGCAAGCGGAAAUGGCGUCGACACAGACAGGGAUGCAGACGUUAUUAUGGUGUAG